AUGGCUUUAGUAUCUGGAGGAAGAUCGACACUUAAUCCGAAUGCUCCUCUUUUCAUCCCAGCAUCACUGCGCCAAGUGGAGGACUUCUCACCAGAAUGGUGGAAUCUAGUUACUACCUCGACUUGGUUUCGCAAUUACUGGCUCAGCGAGUACCAGGGAGAAGAUAUAUUCGGCAUGGAGGAUGAUGGUUUUGAGGGCAAUGAUGUAGCUAAAUUGCUCCCUGAUAACAUUGACCUUGUUGUGGAUGAUGAUACGCUGUACAUGGAAGCCCAGUUCGAGGAAUUUCUCCAAUCAUCCGAGCCUGAAUAUGGAAGCAACGCGGUUGAGGGAAAACCUGAAAAUGGUUUGAACAAGAAUGCUGGGGCACUUAACAAGAAUCUGGCGGUGUCAAAUGAUAGAGGUUCCAAGUUCCUUGGGGAGCCGGCAUUGCGCUGA